AAAUCCAGGAACCACCAUGGCCAGCAGGCCUCCAUCAAUUUGGGCACUGAAGUGUCACAAGUUGGAUUAUAUAACCUGUCGGAAGGAGAAUUAGGCUCAGUCUAACUUCAGCGUUCGUUCUUAACGAAGUCUUAAAAAAAGGAAAGAUGAAACUUUUGCUGGCUGCAGUGAUCUUGGGUUCGGUCUACACCAGAGGAGGUUCAGCUCACCAACUCAAGUGGGGAAACUGUAAAAAGUUUGACCCGAUAAUGCCUAACUUCGAUCCCGUGAAGUUCAGUGGCACAUGGUACGUCAUCAAGAAAUUGGUCACAACCAGCCCCUGCAUGAUGGCUAAAUUUGACAAGAAAGAGGGAGACAUGCUCACGAUCCAAGAGAUCAGGACGCCCGCCCUCACCCAGAUGGGUCCUCUAGAUAUGACGGUUACGAACGUUGGCAAACUUAAAAUGGGCUCCCCAGAAAAGGCUAGCAUGAAACUCGAGUGGGAUGGUAAUUUCAUGAACAUGUUCUUCGAUACAUUUUACGCUAUUCUGGACACGGACUACGUGAACUACGCCUUGGACAUUGAAUGUCAGUCUAUGACCAUCUUCCACCGUCUCUCGGCCACCAUCUACGGUCGCACACCUAUGCUUCCUCAGGAAACAAUGAAAAUGUUGGAAGAGCGACUCAGGGAUCGCGGUAUAAACCUAGACCGAAUGAGCCCUAUAGAUCACAGCAAGUGCGUCCCUUAUCACAGCAACGACUACAACAUCAAGAUCGAUGAACACGGCCUCAGUCUUACGGACCUCAUGUACGACAAGAAGCUCCAGGAGUUGAACACGAUCGAUCAGAUUGGCGAAUUCGCGCGCGAGCACGUCCCCCGCCCUGUAGUUGGCCACUGAAAAACGUCAGAUUUAGUGUCCACAUCUCUCCGUUUUCAGUAGCUUUUUCACUUGCUUCUCACUAACUUUCGGUGCUUCAUUUUUCCCCAUUCUCAGUCUCAUUUCCUAGGCUCACUGUGCCAUGAUUCUCGCAGGAGAACUUUCGGAAUACUGGCAGAAUAAAAGUGUCGAACCAUAA